AUGGCAUCAAACAGCCUCUUCAGCACAGUGACACCAUGUCAGCAAAACUUCUUUUGGGAUCCGAGCACCAGCCGGCGCUUCAGCCCCCCCUCCAGCAGCCUGCAGCCCGGCAAGAUGAGCGACGUGAGCCCGGUGGUGGCUGCGCAGCAGCAGCAACAACAGCAGCAACAACAGCAGCAGCAGCAACAGCAGCAGCAACAGCAGGAGGCAGCGGCGGCGGCGGCGGCGGCGGCGGCGGCGGCCGCGGCGGCCGCGGUGCCCCGGUUGCGGCCGCCGCACGACAACCGCACCAUGGUGGAGAUCAUCGCUGACCACCCGGCCGAACUCGUCCGCACCGACAGCCCCAACUUCCUGUGCUCCGUGCUGCCCUCGCACUGGCGCUGCAACAAGACCCUGCCCGUGGCCUUCAAGGUGGUAGCCCUCGGAGAGGUACCAGAUGGGACUGUGGUUACUGUCAUGGCGGGUAACGAUGAAAAUUAUUCUGCUGAGCUCCGAAAUGCCUCUGCUGUUAUGAAAAACCAAGUAGCAAGGUUCAAUGAUCUGAGAUUUGUCGGCCGGAGUGGAAGAGGCAAGAGUUUCACCUUGACCAUAACUGUCUUCACAAAUCCUCCCCAAGUAGCCACCUAUCACAGAGCUAUUAAAGUCACAGUGGAUGGACCCCGGGAACCCAGAAGGCACAGACAGAAGCUUGAUGACUCUAAACCUAGUUUGUUCUCUGAUCGCCUCAGUGAUUUAGGGCGCAUUCCUCAUCCCAGUAUGAGAGUAGGUGUCCCGCCUCAGAACCCACGGCCCUCCCUGAACUCUGCACCAAGUCCUUUUAAUCCACAAGGACAGAGUCAGAUUACAGACCCCAGGCAGGCGCAGUCCUCCCCGCCCUGGUCCUAUGACCAGUCCUACCCCUCAUACCUGAGCCAGAUGACUCCUCCAUCCAUCCACUCCACCACCCCGCUGUCCUCUACGCGGGGCACCGGGCUGCCCGCCAUCACCGACGUGCCCAGGCGCAUUUCAGAUUCAGAGCCCAGCACCUUGGACUCCCAGUCUUCGACCACCCUGUUCCUCUCCUCCGAGGAGCCAGGCCCCUCCACCGCUGCACUGCCGUCCCCCUCGUCGUCCUGCGAGCCCUCGGCGUUCUCCCCGGGGCCCCCGGCGCUGCCCCACCUGCUGCCUUCGCUGCCCACCGCGCCCGCACCCUCGGCCUCGGGUUCUGGCGCCCCUAGGCGCGCGGGCCUCUACUCGGUGGUUGCCUCGUCCCCGGAGGCAGCCUCGCGCCUCCUGGACUGGCUCCCCGGCGGCCCCUCAACCACCCCUCCCGGCACUCGCGGGGAUGAGCGAGACCGGCAGGGGCCCCGCGCCGCGCGCCCUGGCGCAGCUGGCAGGGAAGAGGGCACUGAGGACCUGGGCGCCUCCCCGCAGCCCUGCGCCCGGCCUGCUGCCUCCACCACUUUGGAAGCCAAUGUUGGGGACAUCCUGGUGGAGCUGAGGACAAUGAACGGUCACCUGGACGUCAUCGCGAGGGCCCUCACCAAACUGGCCUCGUCCCUGGGGCCGCAGCCGCAGACCCCGCCGGAUGCCCCAGAUGCCAAGUGA